AAACGCAGAAAUGCGGAACGUUGAACCGGAUAGAAGGGAAAUGUCAUCAUUAUCGUGAGUCGAAGGUUUUUAUCGUGGACUUGAUAUAUCAGUGUGAAGACAUUUAUCAUCGUGAAAUAUCGAAGAAUUUCGUGAAGAAUUUGGAUUUAAAGUCGUUUCAUUAAUGGUUUAUACAUUUUUGAAUUUCUCGUUUUCUUUUUUUCACUUUUGCUAAAGUGAUAUCGUCAGCUGUAUGAGAUUAUGCGAAUGGUCGAUAGAUCAAAAUAUGUUGAUAUAACGAUGAUGAAGAAAAUAUUUUAGGCGUGAAAAAAGGCGCGGUCUUAGACUGAGUAUAUAUUUGGUUAUGCAACAAUUCUAAUCUUAUUCGAUGAUAAUAUGAAGUCUGGUAAUAUGGAUAAGAACAGGGGUACAAUACUCCUAAAACCGGAAGAAAAUGAACAAAUCUUUCAACUGAUAGGAAAUCGCUGCCAGUGUUUAGCAGCUGGUGUUGUUCAAUUAUAUUUGACUGAAGCUCCUUUACAUAAAGAUUGGAUUAAAAAGAAUACAGGCAUUGUCACUUUGAUAAGAGAUAAUCCAAGACGCAGCUUUUUUUUACGAUUAUAUUGCUUGCAAAGAAAGAUAAUGUUAUGGGAACAUGAAAUCUAUAAUUCAAUGGAUUAUAAAGCACCAAUGUCAUAUUUUCAUACAUUUGAAGCAGAAGAUUGUAUGGCUGCAUUUAACUUUGCAAGCGAAACCGAAGCUAUUACAUUAAGAAACAUACUUCUUGAAAAAUUAAAUGCUAAACGUCAAAGAAAGCAAGAAAGGAGAGUAAAAGAAAUGCAAUCUAGUAGCACUUUGCCUUGGAAAAAUCAAAGUAGCAUAUCACCCUUUACUGUCACAUCAGGUUCAUCAGGUAAUUUAUCAAAUGGUGCACCUGCUACAAUUGGUGUUAAUAGAAGUGCUUCUAGCAAUUCAAUGUAUAAAACAAUGUAUAAAAGGAAAGAAGAUCUCAAACGCAAGUUAACUAAAGAUGAUAUUGGCCUUCCUUCUAAUUUUAGACAUGUGGCACAUUUAGGAUGGGAUGUAAAUAAUAAAGGUUUGGAGUUAGAUUCUGUAGAUUCACAAUUACAACAAUUUUUUAAUAAUGCUGGUGUUUCGGAAUAUGAACUCCAAGAUAAAGGAACUCGGAAAUUUAUUUAUGACUUCAUUGAAAGGAAUGGAGGUAUGAGUGCAGUGCAGGAAGAUAUUCGGCCAUUGGCUAAUGCAAAAAAUAGUAAUCAACCUCCUGCACUGCCACAAAGACAAGAAUAUCCUCCACCUGUUCCAGCACGAACAAUACCUUAUCAAACACGCACUGCUCCGCCUUUACCUCCAAAUCGUUUUAGUACAUCUUCGACAUUACCAAGUGUGCCAUCUAGUUUAUCUCCAAGCACACCUCUAAAUGCGUCUAAUAUUCCACCAGUGCAUAAAACAUUACCAUCGAGACCACCUCCACCAACUAUAACAUCAGCACCAACUCUUCCUCCACCUCCGCCUCCACCAACUCCUCCAAAAAGUACGAACAUUCCUACACCACCUCCUCCACCACCUUUACCAGAUUUAAGUAGUACUAACAGCACAAUGAAUACAAAUGUUACUAAUAAUAAUAAUGAGGAAUCGAUAGUUGAUCUUAGACCCAUGCUUAUGGAAUCUAUUAGAAGCGGGACGACUUUAAAGAAAGUUAAUAAAACAGAAACGAAACCAGCAUUGGUUGAAGAUUCAAGGGGAGAGUUGCUACGACAGAUACGUGAGGGCAUUGAAUUGAAACCUGUUCGAAAUGAAGUAAAACCGAAUACUGCACCUGUAUUCCGUGGUGGCUUAGCCGAUGCUUUAUCUAGAGCUUUGGCUGAACGAUCUCGUGCAAUUCAUAGUGAAAGUGAAGAAUCCACUAGUGAUACCACUGAUGAUGAAUGGAAUGACUAAAUUGGAUUUUAUUAAACAGACUACAGAUGCCCACUAUGCACAUGCUGUUCAUUUUCUGGCAUUAUAUAUUUUUCAAUUAAACAUAAAGUUCAAAUGAAUUCUAUUAAUUUGUAUCGUAACUGUGCAUGUAUAUGUUUACUUCAUAUGAGCAGCUGUUAUGUGACAUAAAGAAAAUUACAUAAAGUAUAUAUUUAAUAUAUAAUUAGUCGUUUCGAAAAAAGUAUAGAAUAAAAUAUUUGCACAACUUGUAACUUUUUAUUCGUGAUCAGUUACGUACAUAUAUAAAAAAAGUCACAAGCUAUCGAAAUGCAAGAUCUUUAAUUGUUAUCCUGUACGACAAAAUGAACAAAAAAAAAA